CAGCAGCGCCCGCGGCGCCGCCGCCUCUGCAGGCUGACUCAUCAGUAGAAAUUGGGAAGAGCUGCAGAAGAAAAGCCAAACAGACAAGCUGAUAACUCAAAGAAAUACUCUUUUGAGUUGGGGGUUCAGAGUGGAGCCAUCAUGAGCGAUGUUACCAUUGUGAAGGAAGGUUGGGUUCAGAAGAGGGGAGAAUAUAUAAAAAACUGGCGGCCAAGAUAUUUCCUGCUAAAGACAGAUGGCUCUUUCAUAGGCUACAAGGAGAAGCCCCAGGAUGUGGAUCUGCCAUAUCCACUCAACAACUUUUCAGUGGCAAAAUGUCAACUAAUGAAAACAGAGCGACCAAAGCCAAACACAUUCAUUAUCAGAUGUCUUCAGUGGACCACUGUCAUAGAGAGGACGUUCCAUGUAGACACUCCAGAGGAACGGGAAGAAUGGACAGAAGCAAUCCAGGCUGUAGCAGACAGACUUCAGAGGCAAGAAGAGGAGAGGAUGAACUGUAGUCCAACUUCACAGAUAGACAAUAUAGGAGAAGAAGAGAUGGAUGCUUCAACAACCCAUCAUAAAAGAAAGACAAUGAAUGAUUUUGACUAUUUAAAACUACUGGGCAAAGGCACGUUUGGCAAAGUUAUCCUGGUCCGAGAGAAGGCUAGUGGGAAAUACUACGCUAUGAAGAUUUUGAAAAAAGAAGUCAUUAUUGCAAAGGAUGAAGUGGCUCAUACGCUUACAGAAAGCAGAGUGUUGAAAAACACCAGACACCCUUUUUUAACAUCCUUGAAAUAUUCCUUCCAGACAAAGGAUCGUUUGUGUUUUGUGAUGGAGUAUGUUAACGGAGGAGAGCUGUUUUUCCAUUUGUCGAGAGAGCGGGUGUUCUCAGAGGACCGCACACGCUUCUAUGGUGCAGAAAUUGUCUCUGCCCUGGACUAUCUGCAUUCUGGGAAGAUUGUGUACCGUGAUCUCAAGUUAGAAAAUCUAAUGUUGGAUAAAGAUGGACACAUAAAAAUUACAGAUUUUGGACUUUGCAAAGAAGGAAUCACAGACGCAGCAACUAUGAAAACAUUCUGUGGUACUCCAGAAUACCUGGCACCCGAGGUGUUGGAAGAUAAUGACUAUGGUCGUGCAGUGGACUGGUGGGGAUUAGGAGUUGUCAUGUAUGAAAUGAUGUGUGGAAGAUUACCGUUCUACAACCAAGAUCAUGAGAAACUAUUUGAACUGAUACUAAUGGAGGACAUAAAAUUUCCUCGAACUCUGUCUGCAGAUGCAAAAUCAUUACUAUCAGGCCUACUGAUAAAGGAUCCAAAUAAGCGACUUGGUGGAGGCCCAGAUGAUGCAAAAGAAAUCAUGCGUCAUAGUUUCUUUGCUGGAGUAAACUGGCAAGAUGUAUAUGAUAAAAAGCUUGUACCUCCUUUUAAACCUCAAGUGACAUCUGAGACAGACACCAGGUAUUUUGAUGAAGAAUUUACAGCUCAGACUAUUACAAUAACGCCGCCUGAAAAAUAUGAUGAGGAUGGUAUGGACUGCAUGGACAAUGAGAGGCGGCCGCAUUUCCCCCAGUUUUCCUACUCUGCAAGUGGACGAGAAUAA